CGGAACACACGCACACACACACACACACACACACGCGCGCGCGCGCACACACACACACACGCACACACGGGAGCAGUAAUGGCGGACUACGACUACGAUGAUCGGGACCGGGCCUAUAGCAGCUUCGGCGGCAACAGAGGGCCCCGCAGCGGAGGCGGCGGCCCCCCCGGAGGUCGGCGUAUGAAGGAGCUUCCCUCGGAGCCCCCCUACACCGCCUACGUGGGCAACCUGCCGCCAAACACGGUCCAGGGAGACCUGGACAGCAUCUUCAAGGACCUCAGCAUACGCAGCGUCCGACUCGUGCGCGACAAAGAGACCGACAAGUUCAAAGGUUUCUGUUAUGUGGAGUUUGACGACCUGGACUCUCUGAAGGAGGCCUUGGCGUACGACGGCGCCGAUUAUUGCUCCAGGUCACUUCGGGUGGACAUUGCGGAGGGGCGGAGACAAGCGCGAGGGGGGAGCGGCUUUGGCUUUCCCAAAGACGACUCUCGAGGCCAAGGAGGACAUCGAGGAGGCGGCCCCCGAGGAGGACGCGAUGACUUCGUGGAUCAGCCCGGUGGAGGUGCGACCAAUCAGAUGGCAGGUUUCAGAGACGACGACUUCUCGGGAGGGCGGAGUCGGGGAGGCGGCCGCGGAGGCGACAGGCGAGGCGGCGGCGGCGGCGGGAUGGGUCGCUACAGAGACGGGCCGCCUCGCGGAGGCAUGUCGGACUUCAGGGAACCAUCUGACGAGGAGCGUGCGCAGAGGCCGCGUCUCCAGUUGAAGCCUCGGACGGUGUCGGAGCCUCUCAACCAGGUGGCCAACCCCAACUCCGCCAUCUUUGGGGGCGCCAAGCCGCGAGAGGAGCAGUGACGCGUUUGCGGCAGCCGAGCGAGCGGACGGCGAAAGAGCAGAAAAGAAAAGCAGAAAAAAGGUUUCGUUGUGUCAGUGUGGACCACCAGAAGAAAGAGCAAAGUCCAAAUUGCUGCCCGAGCAGGCAAGCAAGCCGCACGUUCCACCAUCUCGUUUUCCUCCCUCCCUCUCUCCCCCCCCCCUCCCGCAAGUUGUCGCUUUCUGCUCCUGGUCCACACCCGCUCCCUCCCGUUCGGUCCGGCUUCUCGGCCCGGUCCCGACUCGGCCGCGGACCGCUUCCCGUAUCUCUGCGCUCUUGUGGACCGGGUCGGGGCGCGUCAUCGUUCGGGUUCUCGUCUCGUGUGUUCUGGAUGUGGCAGACACUUUCUUAUUGUACAAAAGGAAUAAAACGGCUGUUUUAAAUGUUUUCUUUCUUUCUUUUUCUUUUUCUCGGUGACAAUGACGGCAAUAAACGGAAUCCUCAAACCGUG